AGUGUUCACUAUUGUGUACGGCUGAGGGAAGAAGAAAAAGAGAGGAGGGAGCAAAGAGGAGGGGGGGUGAAAACCUGUCCCUUUGUGCGGGAAAGACUCAGCAGGAAAGUGAUUUUGUUAUUACUCCAGUUUGCCAGGGAAGCAGGGAUCAUUCCCUGGACCUGCAUGCACAUUUUGUCCGGCCGGCGAGCCUCUACUGCACGACCGGUGGAGGCUUCUUCUCAGGCCGACCGACGACCAGAGCCCGGCUUCUGCUGAUGAUGAGAGUCUACGUCAGGCGGCUUGCCAUGAAUAUUGAUGUGGAGGAUAGUCUAUUUCAUAGAAGAACAGAAGGAGGCAAGAUGGCUGCCCUUUAGGAUUUGUUAAAGAGGAGAUCCAGACGGUUUAUGGGAAUUUCUACAAAGUGGAGGGACGUAAACAGAGGACGCACAGAGGGCAGCCCUUUGAAUGGACUCUGAGCAGACCAGAUGGAAACAGAACAGCCCCGACAUGAGACGGAAGAAAAUCUGAUAUUGGCACAAUUUGAAAAAUCUCACAGUAUCUCUGGGAAACUCCAAAAUGGACACCCAUCCUCAAAGGAAAAUUCAUUCCACCUAACUGCGGAUACAAACUGGAGCUCUUACAAGACCAGCACAUCCAUCAACUCCAUAAAACGGAACAGGGAGAAUUGCAGCAGCCCUGCUUCCGGACAAGGGCUACAUUCCUUUACAAUGAACGGGGAAUUGGUAAACGGUGAAUUAAAGAAUGCAUUCACCGAUGAGUCCUUCUUGACCAAUCACCCCAAAAAAUUAAGAGCAGAUCCGCUACUACCAGGAAGGGAUGAAAAUGGCAUGUCUGAGUUGGACAACUGCCCUGAGAUGACAAAAGAAACAGCAUUUCGCGAAAAUGCGGAACAUGCAGAUAUUUUGUUAGACAAGCCUAACUAUAUUUUCCCAAACGGAGACAUCUACCAUUCGUCAAGGAAUAAAACAAUUCCAGCUCCCAACAGGGCCGUGCCAGCAACCUCAACAAUAGAAAGCACUCCUGGUGACCUGUUAGAAAAAACUUUGUCUCAGUAUUAUCCUGAGCAGGUGUCAAUUGCACCACAAACGUCUGGGUCACAAAUAGAUGCAGUCAAUGGCUCUGUGAUAAACAGGCUGCCCAAUGAAGGUGCUCAGCCCCAUUCUCUGACCUCAGGACCACACAGUUCAGCUACGAUACCAAAUUCGCAACAGAAGCAGUCUGGUGUAUCUGUAAAGGACGACAAAGGAAUUCAUUACAAUUCCGAUAACUGUGUUGUAAAUGGAUACUCUGACAAUUAUGGAGCAACCAACCACCAGCAACAACGGCACCAGCCUCCCCCUUCCUAUCCCAGUCAAGACCCAACGCCACAAUCUCAAAAUAUAUCCAAGGACUCGCACCAAAAUGGAAAUGGCCCACAGUUCUUUUCAGGGGAUAUCAAUGUUCUCGGUAUUUGCGAUGGCGCAAGCCGGGGCUUUGAGCAUCCAUUUCCUGACCUCAGUGUGCCUCAACAAUCUGCAGCUGGUGGACGUGGUCCCUUUCCACAGAGUAUAAAUAAGGUGCACAGUGAUGAACUCGGCUCCCUUCCACAUCAAGGAAACAGCAUUGGUCUCCAAUAUCAGAUGCAACAAAACCCCGGGAACCCACAUUUAACUGCUGGUGUGGACUUACCAAGUUUUCAAAAGCAACAAUAUGUGGGGUUAGAUACCGGAACGGCCACCACAUCUCAGAGAGUCAAUGCAAUGUAUUCAAAUUCAGAACAAGCAGAGUGGAAGGAACCAGGCCCUUUCCAAUACAAACAGCGCACAGACGUUGGUUUUUCAAACCAAACACAAGGACAGAACACAUGGAGGAACUACCACGCAAAUCCUGAGUCAAAGCAGCAAAGUCCUAAUCCGCAUACUCAAGGUCAGAAGUUAACAGAGAACCUACCAAAAAGUUACACAUCUGAUGGAAGCUUUUUGACCAACAACCAAGGGUCUAACAGCCACAAGCAGCAACAGGAGGAAAGUUUCCCGGGGCAAUCACACUUUGCUAGCCGAAAUAAUAGUAUUCCAGAUUGGCAGCGAACAAACUCCAAAACACCACAAACAAAUCAUCAGAGUCUAUCAGAGCAGUGUGCAAUUCCACCAAACCAGCAAGUCAAUGCCAAGUACCACAACCACACCCCGCCACAACACUUGUCUGAUCCUGACUUGCAAGAUCUAUUGACAUCCGAGUUUUUAGCCAACAAUCAGCAACAACACUGUCAACCUCAGCGCCCACUGUCCAACCCACCACAUUUUAAAGAGCAGCAAAUUAAGUCUCCAAACUACAGACCUCAUAGUCAGCCUCAGCCAGGUCAUCCACAACCUCAACAAAACCAGCCACUCAGAAAGAACCCUGCCCAAGACAAUAACCAGCACGUCCCUCGCAUCGAUUUUAACACAAAUACUUACAAUGAGACAAAGGUACAACUUCACCAAGGGCAGUUUUCUUCCAACUCAGGCAUCAAUAACCUUCAGCAAGUCCAACCACAGAGGCCUAACCACUACCACCCACUGAGCCACACAGACGCCCCAGAGUCUUCUUCAGGUACACACUCAUCACAGCUUUCUAUAAAUCAACAGUUACCAAUUCAGAGAUACCCAAAAGCCGAGCAGCAGUUAGAAUCAUCAUGCAGUCAGUUCCAAAUGGGACCUCGACUACCUCUGGGAACUGCAGGUCCCCAUGGAGACUUACAAAGGCAUGCAGCUCUACGUAUGCACCUGUUACAAAAACAAGAAAGGCACAUCCUUUCCCAGCAAAGUCAAAGCGUCGUUGACCCUAGAUAUGGCCUCAAGGCCAUAAAAACAGAAAAUGGACCCAGAUUUGAUUCACCGUCAUCAGAACUGCAUGAAAAGCAAAUGAGAAUGCAAGCGAGUGGAAUUCAAGUCAAGCAGGAAAGUCAACAAUCCAUGUGUCAACAAAGUAAACCAAACAGCAUCUUGGCCUCAAUGGAACAAAGCCUGAGGCAGUACCAACUAUCUCCAAUGUUUGAGAAAAAGUCAAUCGUCAUUAAUUCAUCAAAUAAGGUCAAGGUAGAAUCCUCUGGACCCGUAACAAUAAUUUCCACGAACACAGACCUGUGCAAAACGGAACCCUUGCCAUCCGCACCCGCCCCUGUAGCUCAGCGAAAACCACCUAAUUCUACACCCAAGAAGGAUGCCCUAUUACAAAGUUUCAUAGAUUCUCCUAUGAAGCUGUUAGACACACCGAUAAAGAACCUCCUCGACACACCAUUGAAAACCCAAUAUGAGAUUGCUUCCUGUCACUGUGUUGAGCAACUCAGUGAAAAGGAUGAAGGUCCAUACUACACCCACCUGGGAUCAGCACCAAGUGUUGCCGACAUCAGGAAGUUGAUGGAAAACAGGUCUGGACUAAGUGGGCGCUCCAUCCGAAUCGAGAAAGUAGUGUAUACUGGCAAGGAGGGCAAAAGUACGCAGGGAUGCCCCAUAGCAAAAUGGGUCAUAAGGCGAUCAAGCGUCGAGGAGAAACUACUGGUUUUAGUGCGCGAACGCAAUGGCCACACAUGUGACACAGCUUGCAUCAUAGUGGUAAUCCUGGUUUGGGAAGGCAUCCAACCAAGCCUGGCUGAUCGUCUCUACCUUGAACUCAGUGACACCCUAACAAAGCAUGGAGCCCACACACAGAGAAGAUGUGCCCACAAUGAAGAGAGGACAUGUGCAUGCCAGGGGUUAAACCCAGAGGCCAGUGGAGCAUCUUUCUCUUUUGGUUGUUCCUGGAGCAUGUACUACAAUGGUUGCAAAUUUGCUCGUAGCAAGAUACCGAGAAAAUUCAAGCUACUGGGAGAUGACAUGAGAGAGGAAGAGAGACUGGAACACAAUUUUCAAAAUCUGGCAACCUUGUUGGGUCCUUUGUAUAAAACUAUGGCACCUGAGGCUUACGGAAACCAGGUGGAGCAUGAACACAGGGCACCGGAUUGCCGCUUAGGCCUUAAGGAAGGCCGUCCAUUUUCUGGAGUCACAGCUUGUAUGGAUUUUUGCGCCCAUGCUCAUAGAGAUCUUCAUAAUAUGCAAGGGGGCAGCACUGUGGUCUGCACAUUAACAAGCCAGGAUAACCGAGAGAUAGGAAAGAUCCCAGACGACGAGCAGCUCCAUGUCCUACCUCUUUACAAGGCUUCAAACACUGAUGAAUUUGGCAGUGAGGAGGGUCAGCUAGAGAAAGUCAAGUCAGGCGCCAUUCAAGUUCUCAGUGCCUUUCGCCGCCAGGUGCGUAUGCUUGCAGAGCCUGCAAAGUCUUGCCGUCAAAAGAAGUUGGAGUCCAAGAAAGCAGCUGCCAAUAAGAAUGCCGCCUUGGAAAGCGCUAUUGAUAAGGCAGAGAAGGCCAAGUCAAAAGUUGCCCCUCACGAGAACCCUGCUACAACUGUUCCUGUUGCUGGACAUAUCCCAGGGGCUGUGGGAGCAACACUUCAACCAGGUCAACCAACACGUCCCAUUGGGGCCCAUCCUCAGCAUCUCCAGCAACAACAUGGGGGCGUUCUCCCGUCUUAUACCGGUGCACCGAAUGCAGCUAACUACCCUCGGUUUCUUAACCAACAGGGGCCUUUUCCAAGCACUUCCAAACCAGGGGCUAUUUAUUCCCAUCCAACAUCAGCACCAGCAAGCGCUUACCCUUCACCACUCCAUGCACCAAACGCCUACCUUAAUGGAUCCAACAAUUCUUAUCCAGGUUAUCAGUAUAAUGGAGGAAUGCCUGUUGAUAAAUUUCAUCCAUAUUAUGGUGCAAACUCAAAGCCUAUUGAUAUGUAUCAACAACAGCAACCAGCCCUUUAUGCCGAGCAGCAGUUUGGUGUGAAUCAGCGUUAUGAUGGCAACUACCCACCGAGGUAUGGUGAGCUUGGUAUGCAGGUCAAUGGAUACAACGCAUGCAACAUGAGGCCUGUUCAUCCAAUGAGACCGUUUAGCCAGUACGGUCCCAAUGGAAGUCCCGAUCCAAGAUUUAUGGGCCCUCUUGCAAGGGGACCACCAACUCAUGAAGGUCUUGACUACAUUGCUGCAAACAACAAUCAACUUGGAGGAUAUCCAAAUGCCUAUCUCUCCCAGAAUUCCCAAACACUACCACCGGGUCAAGAUCCUUUUCAAAAGCAAAUCAAGACAGAAAUGGGCAUGUCGGGUCCUCAGAUGAGUGGUGGGCCAUUACACCUUGAGCCACACAAAGGAUUAGCUCAGUCCAAUGGGACUCUCAUGGGGACUUGUAUUAAACAGGAGCCUGGGACGCCGCAGACACCUACAACACCACAAAAACCUGAGAUGUGGUCAGACAAUGAGCACAACUUCUUGGACCCUGACAUUGGUGGUGUGGCGGUGGCGCCCAGCCACGGAUCGGUUCUCAUCGAGUGUGCCAAAAAGGAGCUGCAUGCAACAACACCGCUAAAAAAUCCAGACCGCAACCACCCGACUCGUAUUUCCUUAGUUUUCUACCAGCACAAAAAUCUGAAUGAAGCCAAACACGGUCUCGCACUGUGGGAAGCAAAAAUGGCAGAGAAGGCCAGAGAAAAGGAGGAAGAUUUAGAACGAAACGGGGGUGAAGCCACACCAAGCAAAAGCAGCAAAAAAGGAGCCAAGCGUGAGCAUCAAGAGACGUCAGUGAAUAUUGGGGAACCUCCUUACAAACGUUUCAUCCAAGCACUCAUGGAAGGAUCAUUGUCAUGCACAACAAACUCAUAUGUAAGUUCAUCUCCAUACGCCUUCACCAAGGUCACAGGGCCUUACAGUAAGUUUGCCUGAAGUUCUAACACAAAGGCAAACUGCAGGUGCUUCAUUUCUGAUGUCUAAAACAUCUCUACUGUAACUCUUAAAAACAAAGAGCAAGCUUUACAGAAUGUUUGUUUUAAAUUUGGCAAGGCACGUUUGUCUAAAAUAUCUAAUGUCACCUCACAAAAAUACAUUUUUAUUGAACAAGACUCAAGAAUGACGUUCAAAAAGUUAGCAAUUGUUAAGCACUUCUAAUGACAAGAGGGUUAAAUAUAUAUAAGGCCUAAAUUGCACGACUUGACCAUUGAAACGCAAAGGACAUUGAUUUAAGUCUUCUUCCGAAGUAAAAUUCCAGAAUUUUGAAUGAUUUGUUAUGAGAGCAACCAAUGAUACUGUCUGUAGACACCCAGACCUUUUUUAGCUGCAAUAUACUGGUGCUUUUAUCCGCAUUCCUGAUAUUUAUACUGUUGAGCCAAUCCAAUGGUGCAAUUUUUAACAUAACAGCGUAAAAAAAAAAAAUGCUUGUUUGAUUUGAAUUGUUGCCGACUGUUAACGUUUAUGUUACAAGGCGAAACGUUGGUUGUGAAUAUUACAUGUCGUGAAAUGUCUGGUGCUUAGUUGAUUUGUUUUUAUACACUGAGACACAUGAAACAGGGUAAGCUCAGUGUCAAUUUCUGAAGGCAGCUGGAUUGCUGUGGGUUCUUUAAUUUUUAUAUUAAGAAAAACAAGUCAGAUUUGUACAGUAAAUUAAUUUUUUUAUUAUUGUUUUAGAAGUUUGUGUGGUAUUUCUCUGGGUAUCAGCUUGUUUUUUUUCUCAUUAAGGUGCUAUUCUGGAAAUAUACAAUGUGAGACUCAUUUGGACAGUGAGAACACUUUUAAAUGAUGUACAGUACAAACAUGUCAUAUACCUCAAACCCAGUUUGGCAAUAGGAUAUUCAUGUGUUUUUCUCUUCCUCUACGUAUUACUUUCUAAUCUGCAAGCCGGACAGAAGGCAGAGAGACCUUUCAUUACGUUCUCAAUAGAAGGAAUUUACUUGAACUUUCAGUUUUGGUUACUGUAAAUUCAGGGACAUUUUUCAACAAAUCAUGUGUAAUCCUCAUCCGACAUCUUUUUUCGUCCUUUUUAUCCCAAAAUGGCCAUGAAAAAAGUAUUUAUAGACAAAAGCUAUUUUGCGAGAAAUUCACCGUUUUUGUGGUUUUAGUGAACAGCCUCAUUUUGGAUUUAAAGAAUAUGCACUCAGUUGCCUAAAGGGAAAACGUAUUGUUAAUGAAAUAAAAGGCAGAUUUUAAAAGAGAUAAAUACUUGGCAGCGAGCGUCUUCAUUGCCUGUGUAUAGUUCAGUUUAUUUAUAACCACUAAGAAAUUGUAAAACGAGUCCCCUCUGUUCUGUUUGUUUUCGAUUAAUGUCAUAUAUAUUGGAACAAUUUGUUGGAAACCCCCUCCGACCCACAACAGCAUAUUUCUGAAAGCACUUCAUUUCUUUUCAGAGAAAAAAAUGUACAAAAGUAAUUCAAGAACGUUUUAUAUAGAAUGUAAAUGUGUUGAAAUAAAUUAUGUCAUAUUGUACAUACAAAAAAAUGUAACAAAGAAUUCAAAUCAUUAUUUAGUGUUCAUCUAGGUUGUUCUCUUAGCAAUUACUGUUUAUUAAACCGUCGUCUAGGCUUUCCCCCAAAUUAUUAGCAAAUUUGUGUAAAUACGAUGUGUUCACUGUCACUAGGUUUACAGUCAAGUUUCUCCAGAAAAUUUUUCAUUUUUUUAAUACAGGCAAACACAGUUUACUUCAAUGUACAGGACCCAGCUUAAGUAGCAUGUUGUGGUUUAAAUUAAGACGCAGUGAAAAAAGAGAAAAAGAAAAAAGCAUAGCCAUACUCGAAAAUGCUUUUUUUUUCUGAGUCAAUGUUACUUGAAAGAUUUCGGUCCUCUGAGUGACAGAUUUGCUCCACUUAAUCUACGCAGUUUGACACUAAAAUAAAAAAAUAGAAAGUAAAAAAAGGUAUGAGAAAAACAGUUUCCCCGCCAUUGUUUUUAUUUUCUUUAUGCUUCCAUUACUCUCAUAAAGUUUGGUAUAAUUAAACAAAUAAAAUAUGGAUGAAUAUAUCCAAUACUGUAAGUAUUGUAAUGUACUGAAUGCAGUUUAUUUGAAAGCUGUCUAUUAUCAUUCCUGAUAUUGCUGAAAUGUGGGUGUUUUUUUUAAUAAAAUUUAUAUUUAUUUGAAUCACCUGAA